CUGCGCAUUACCGCCGGCCUCGCGGUCUCCGCCGUGGAGCGUGCCAGCGCCAAGACGAGCCUGCACUGCAAUGGAAAAAAAUGGAGUUGACUGUGAUAAUGUGGAAAGAGACAGUGACUACUUGGUAGUCAACUCUAAUAACGCAGACGAAUUGGAAAGUGGAGGCCAGGUAUUCCAGCAUCUAACAUGUCUGGAAAGCAAGAACGCGUCAUUUGGACAGAACGUGUCACAUGGCGUCCUGCAAACAAUAGACGAUGCAUCUCCCUCACCGAAUGCACAAAUACAGCUAUGCCAGGCACCCCCUGUGGAAGAUUUUCAACUUGUAGACCAAAACUGCCAUUCCCUUUAUGAAGUAUCAUCCUUAGAGGGGUCCAGUACUCACAUGAUGAUUGUGGCCAGCCAUUCCGAGAACGGGCAAGUGCUCCAUGUCGUUCCUUCUGCUCAGCCAGGAAUUGCACAAGUGAUUAUUCCUCAAGGCCAGCUUUUGGAUGUCAGUAGCUCGGGAGAUGUUUCACAGGAGACAAACUGUGAUGGGAAUUUGCAAACCGUGGCAGUGGCUGCUAUAGCUGACAAUACAAGGAGUUACAUCUUUCAUCCUGAAGCAUCUCUCACGGUAUCGAAAAAGACAACAGCCAGGGUACUGGAAGACCAUUUUGCUGUUUCUCCUCAGCCAUUGCCCCCAAAUGCACCUGCUUGGGCUCGCCGUCUCAGGAACUGUGAGAAAAUUGGGGACUCCUAUCGUGGCUAUUGCUCAAGUGAGAUGGAAUUGGACAGUGUUCUAAUCCUGCACAAACAGCAAACACAGAGCGUGUGGGGAACCCGGCAGUCUCCAAGCCCAGCAAAGCCUGCCACAAGGUUGAUGUGGAAAUCACAGUACGUCCCAUAUGAUGGGAUUCCGUUUGUCAAUGCUGGGAGCAGAGCCAUAGUGAUGGAGUGUCAAUAUGGACCCCGAAGGAAGGGCUUUCAGCCCAGAAAAAGUAGUGAGCAAGAGAACGUUUCCUGCCAGCUAUACAAAGCCACCUGUCCUGCACGGAUCUACAUUAAGAAGGUGCAGAAGUUUCCUGAAUAUAGAGUUCCCACAGAUCCCAAAAUCGACAAGAAGAUCAUACGAAUGGAGCAGGAAAAAGCUUUCAACAUACUGAAGAAAAACUUGAUUGAAGUUGGAGGGGUGCUCAGGUGGUACGUGCAGUUACCCACCCAGCAGGCUCACCAGUAUCAUGAAAUGGAGGAGGUGUGCCUCCCACCUUCGCCUUUCUCCAUGCCAUCUCCCGAGGAAGAUGAUGAGGCAAUCAGAGACGAGAACUGCGUUUUGCCAUCACGCCUCCAUCCGCAAGUCGCAGAUAAGAUCAGAGAACUUGUGUCUCAAGGGAUACAGCAAGUCUAUGCAGUGAGGAAACAGUUACGAAAAUUUGUGGAACAAGAAUUGUUUAAACCCGAUGAAGUGCCAGAAAGGCAUAAUUUGUCAUUCUUCCCCACCGUAAAUGAUAUUAAGAACCACAUUCAUGAAGUGCAAAAGACCCUAAAGAAUGGGAAGGUGGUGUACAGCUCAGAAAGUGUUCCAGCCAUGCUGCAAUGGACCACAGACGGCGGGAACAUUCUCACUGAAACAGUGACAGUCACAUUUGCAUCACCACCGACUGAGGGAUGCUCAGCAGAGAAAACCAUUAUCAAGGUGGAAUCUAAUCAGACAAGGGAGCUCUUAGGUCCAGAGAUGACUCAACUCCUUUCUUCACUUCAACCCAGAGUGUUUGCCCAGCUCAAGGGGUUGCAACUGCAGCCAACAAUUACAUCCACUGAUGGAACAGCAACACUCAUAACAAUGGGUAGCUGCUCUCCUCCCAGCUCUUCAAGCUUUCUACAUCCCACAGAGAGGCUAAUGACCAGCAAAUCUAUAAUUGAUCACAGCCAUACUCUUCAAGAUAGUUCCUGUCAAACACAGAAGAAUACUGCUGUAUCACAGCUGGGAGAGCAGCAUCUGCCAGAUCAAAGGGACUGUGUUGUAACUGCUGGAAGUAGCGAAGAUGCUAAGGCCAUACAGCCAGAAGUCCAUCAGAUCCUUUCAGGAGAUGUAUGCACCAUUCCUACACAUACUGUAGACAACGAUCCAGCUCUUAGCAACAAUCCAGAGAGUGCUGCCAGUACAGGCCACCUUGGCCCCGAAACCAAAGACCCAGCCGUAUCUUCAGAGGCGGAAGAAUCCAGAGACUUCCAGGCUUCAUCCGUUACUUGAGACUAUGAAGGCGGCAAAGACCUUGCAAUGAAGAAAGGGCAGUACGGUAUUUAAUGCAGGCUGUCACCACUGUUCUGUGACAAACAA